AUGACAACUUCUGGUAACUCGAAUAAUACCACGCUGCUGCUUAUGACGGGGCUACUUAGUGUCGGCAUGGCCGCAAUUGGCUACUACUACCUGCAGAUGAACAGCAAGAAGCCUCGUACGCUACUUAAUGAUAGUAGCGAGGCGGGUGUAUACAGUAGUCAGAAGACGUCGACCGCAGCCAUGGUGACGAAGGAAAAGCAGAUUGCUCGCGUCAAAUCAACAGUGUCUGAGAUACAAACGAGUGGUGCUAGAACCUCUUCCUCCAGUGUCAGUAGAACGAUUGGCAAGACGAUCGCGGCUUCUGGGAGUGAGACAAUUGAGAAGACUGAGGCUACUGAAAUGCCAGGGCUUCUACCUGUUUGUCCAAAGAAAGCACUGGAGAGUUCGAAGACGACCGUGAAAAAGGUUGUGGAGCCUCCGGUGAAAGUGGUGGAGUCUACUGUUGUUGUUAAAGCUUUGAAGGAGGUUAUCUUGUGUCCUAAAGAGACUACGAAGAGCAGUUCAAAGAAGACCGUUGGGAAUCCGAAGAAUGAGAUCGUGUCUCCGGUCCUUGUGCUUUCUAAGGAAUUUCACACCAGCCCGAAGAAGGCCCGUGAGAAUCUUAAGAAGAUCGUUGAUCAUCCCCAGAAGCAGAGUGUUGAGAGUCAGAAUAAGGCUCCUGGGACUCCUAAGAAGGUCGAAAAGCAGGUUGAGGCUGUGACUAUUGAAAGCCCAAAGAAUGUCCCCAGGACUCCUAAGAAGAGCGUUGAAAGUCCUAAGCAGACAAUUGAGAGCCCGAAUGAGGCUGUUAAGCAGACUAAGAUUGCGCCUAUCGAAAGCCCGAAGAAGGCCUCCACGUCUUCGAAGAUGGCUCUCGAGUCUUCGAAGAAGGCCGUCACAUCUCCGAAGAUGGCCGCCGCAUCUCCGAAGACGGCCGCCGGGUCUCCGAAGAUGUCCAUUGAAAGUCCUAAGCAGUCAUUUGAGAGCCAGAAUGAGGCUGUUGAGCAGACUAAGGUUGCGACUAUUGAAAGCCCAAAGAAGGCAUCCAAGUCUUCGAAGAUGGCUCUCGAGUCUUCGAAGAAGGCCGUCACAUCUCCGAAGAUGGCCGCCGCAUCUCCGAAGAAGGCCGCUGGGUCUCCGAAGAAGUCCGUUGAAAGUCCUAAGCAGUCAAUUGAGAGCCAGAAUGAGGCUGUUGAGCAGACUAAGGUUGCGGCUAUUGAAAGCCCGAAGAAGGCUUUCGAGUCUCCGAGGAAGAUUGUUGAAAGUCCCAAGCAAACUACUGAGAGCAUGAAGAAUAUUGUCGAGCAGACAGAGGCUUCAACUAUUGAACAUCCGAAGCAGACUUUUGCUAGCCCGUCUAAGACAAAAAUUGCUGGCCCCGAGAAGUCGACAGAGCCUGCACCUGGCACGGAAAAACCGAAGUCUGUCACAAGUAAAGCAAGCGAGGACUUCAUCGUUCCUCAAGCCGUUGCCGAAACAGCGAGCGCGUUCGCCGAUAAAACUCUUCAGGAAAUGCUUGAAAAAAUUGCGCUGGAACAGGAUUACGUUCAGGUAGAUUUGACGCAGUCGAUGACGCUUUCGCAGAGCACCCCCGAGCUCAUUAACAUCGAAGAUGCAGUAGUGAAAACAGAGGAGGUUGUUCCGACCUCUGCCGCCACGGAGGACGAAGAGAGCAUUGUCGAGGAGGAACAGAAGCAAGAACAAGAGGAAGAGCAUGCACAGGUUUCAUCUGGAUCGAAUGAGCUGGCAAGUGCAGAACCUGUCAUUGACACGACUGCGGCGACAGAGACGUUGGCUUCACCUAAGACUCCUGACACAACGCCUGUGUCGUGGGAAGCAAUCAUAUUGAGCCCAGAGAUGGAGGCUACACCCGCUCAAGAACCUACAACUCCGUUGUCUUUGGACGCCCCAGUAGAUAGCACCGAGUCUACUGAGCCUCUUUCGAUCAAUGUUCCGGUUGAGGUCACCGAGGAACCUGCCAAAGAUAAAAGCGCAAUUUCUUCUGUGAACAGUGGUUGCUCGACGCCCGACAAGUUGUCAAAGAAGCCAGCAAGUGCAGAACCUGUCGUUGACACGACUGCGGCGACAGAGACGUUGGCUUCACCUAAGACUCCUGACACAACGCCCGUGUCGUGGGAAGCAAUCAUAUUGAGCCCAGAGAUGGAGGCAACACCUGCUCAAGAAGCUACAACUCCGUUGUCUUUGGACGCCCCAGUAGAUAGCACCGAGUCUACUGAGCCUCUUUCGAUCAAUGUUCCGGCUGAGAACACCGAGGAACCUGCCAAAGAUAAAAGCGCAAUCUCUCCUGUCGACAGUGGUGGUUCGACGCCUGGUAAGCGCAACCGCAAUCGGUCCAAGAAAUCCAAGAGCAAGAAGAAGAAAGGCAAGAAGCACUAG